AUGGCCACAUGCGUUAGGAGGCAGGGGGAGUCGUUCGUCGACCUGACAUGGGUCACUCCCUCUGCCUCGAGGCUGGUAAGCGGGUGGAGGGUACUGGCGGAGAUCGAAACCAUAUCUGACCACAGAUAUGUGGAAUUCUCCGUCGGUGCCUUCCCCCGCGAAGUGAUCGAGCGCCGCCGAAACAGGGAGGCUGUCUCUCAAAGAUGGGCCCUUAGGAAGCUAGACCAAGACGCGUUUCUGGCCGCAGUCGAGGCGGCCCUGAUGGUUAGAGGAGAGGAAAGUAGGGGGGACCAGGAAGGAGAAAGGGCAUGGCUGCACAAGACAAUAAUCAAUGCUUGCGACGCGGCCAUGCCCAGAAUAAAGAGAAGGUCCCCCUGA